GAGGAAACAUAUACUGAAGAAAAAUCAGAAUAAUUUGAAUGGGCGUCCAUAUAAGCAAUGUGAAAAAAUUAAGUGAUCAUUUAUUUUGAAAAGUUUGGAUUUCACAAGGGGAUCUCUCACAGACGCCAUAUUGCCUAAUAUGGACGAGAGAGUAUCAUUGAUGUUAUGUCUGGCCGUCAUCCCCAUCGCUUGUCAUGACCUUCAUAACAAACCCGUUAUCAUUAGGCCACGCACGAAGCGUACAGUAAUGAUUGCUCCGGGCACUGAUGCAGAUUUGAUAUGUGAAGCCAAUGGGGUCCAUAAGUUAACGAUCCAAUGGACCUUGAAUGAUUCUCCAAUUGACCGGUCUGAAUAUGCAGUGUACUCUGAUCAACCUAGUACCCUCACCAGGAGCAAUAUCAUUGUUGUGAAAGAGGGACAAUAUCGGUGUAUAGCAGAGAUGAGUGGCCAUGCGACAACAUCACCUGCUAUCACAUUGCAGUUUACGGGUGACAACAGUUGGACAUAUGUAGCAGGGGGAUGCACAGUUGCCUUGUUGAUGACCGUGUUGGUUUUUGCAUGGAGAAGAGGACUAUUCAAGAGACUCGUGGGGAGCUACAUCACGCCUACAGUAGGUCACAGUACUAGAGCUGUUGAUAACAUUUCCCAUGAAGACACCAGUGAUGGAAACAGCUAUGAAAUCAUCCCAGAGGGCGAAAGUGAUGAAGAUGAUGCAUCAGCUGCUGCAUCCAAUACACCAUAUGAACAACUUGAACUUGAACUUUUCAAGGGUCAAGAAGAUUAUACGCAUAUCCUGCGUAGCAUCAAUUAUGCAAACGAAACACCAUUGCACCUACAGGAUGGGAGUUCGUAUGCUUCUGACAUGAAAAAGUUAAGACUGAGUGUAAGCGACCUUCUUCGCCUGUGGAGGUUCAACACAGUUGAUGAACUGGGAGAGGUAGAGAUCACCAUCAAUCACACAGACAUCCUUCAGAUUGUCAGGACAGUCAUGAGGCAACAAGACUUCGUGUUGCAGUAUCCACUUACUGUCAAAUUUCGAGACAAGAAACUUUUUAACAAAUUUGCAGAAGACGGAACUACAAAGAGUUUUUUUAUCAAACUGAUGCAAGCUCUGAAAACAGAGAUAUUGGAAGGUGAGGAGCCACACUUGGGAUUCAGAAAGAAAAAGAAAGAUUUAAAAUCAGGAUGCUAUCGAGAAGCAGGGAAGAUGAUUGCAUGGUCUAUUCUUCAUAGCGGUGUCGGAUUCCCCUACUUCACCAUCAGCACUUACAACUUCCUUGUGGAGAAAGAUAUCAAGUGCAUACGUUUAGAGGACAUCAACAACCCUCAUAUCUACAAUGCUUUAGAAAGGAUUAUGAGUUGUUCCACCACAAAAGAGCUGAGAGGUGUAUUUGACAAGGAUACAAUCACCUUGAUAAAAGGUACAGGAAGAUCCCCUAAUUGCCUGGUAAUAGAGGAGAAGGAAGACCUGGUGCGACAUAUGUGGAUGUCAUAUAUGUUCGAAAGGGUACAUAUGGAAAUAGAACAGUUCAAGUCAGGAUUGGCUGAUCUCGGUUUGAUGGGGCAUCUUACUGAAUCCCCGGACACCCUCGAGGUGCUGUUUGUCCACAAAUCAGCCCAGCAGUCUGGUACACUCACAUGCAGACACCUGAAGGACUUGUUCCAAGCUGUGCUGUCACCCGCGGGAACACAGGACAGGGAGGAGGAAAACGAUACUUUGGUCGCAUUGGAAGAUUUUUUGAAGAUAUGUGAAGAUAAUGAAUCUGAAGUGAAACUAGGUGACAUCCUACGGUUCUGGACAGGAUCAGAUGUGGUGCAAUCAGAGGGUUACACGCAGGGCCUUACUGUCAAGUUUGUCCCAAAACGCUGCUACCCUCCCUCGCCUGUAGCAAACCCCUCUGCUUUAGUACUGGAACUGAUGCGUGGAUACAAUCUUGAUCAGUUAGCAGCCAAUAUGUCAGCUGCAGUUCUGCGAUCCUAGGAAUUUGGUCAUGAAACUCUUUGCAAUGGUUUCUGUUAACGAUAAAUUGAUUAUCCCAUGAACUUACACAAUGUGAAUGUGUAGCAACUAAAGAUAACAUUUUGAAUAAUU